AUGGGUCAGACGUGCUCGUACAUUCUCGUCCAGCCGGGCGACGGAUGUGACACCUUGGCCGCCCGCUGCGGCAUCACUGGCGCUCAGUUCACCGAGUACAACCCGAGCCCUACGUUGUGUUCGACACUUCAGCCCAGGCAACCCGUCUGCUGUUCGGCGGGCUCGGUCCCCGACCUCACUCCCAAGCCCAAUGAGGACGGCACCUGUGCCACGCACCUUGUGGUCCCGGGCGACGACUGCUGGGCCAUCGCCGACAAGAACUACAUCACCGUCGACAACAUCGAGCACUGGAACUUGAAGACUUGGGGUUGGGAAGGCUGUGCCGGCCUGAAGGAGGGCCCCAUAUGCAUCAGCACCGGCGACCCGCCCAUGCCUGCGCCCGUCGAGGACACCUUCUGCGGUCCGCAGGUCCCCGGCACAGCGCGGCCGAGUUCGUGGGACCAGAUCAGCUCUCUCAACCCGUGCCCUCUCAACGCAUGCUGCAACAAAUGGGGCCAGUGCGGCAUCACGCCCGACUUCUGCACGCCCAGCGAGUCUAGCACCGGAGCCCCGGGAACGUCGGCGCCAGGCCAAAACGGCUGCAUCUCGAAUUGCGGCACUGACAUUGUGAACAAUGGCUCGCCCGGCGGCUCUAUGCGCAUUGGCUACUUCGAGGCCUUUGGCGUGGACAGGGCCUGCCUAACCAUGGAUGCGUAUGCCAUUCCGUCGGGUUAUACUCACAUGCACUACGCGUUUGGUGACAUCACUGCCGACUAUCAGGUCGACCUCUCGCAGUACCAGACCCAGUGGGAAAGAUUUGCCGCCAUGAGGAGCUUCAAACGCAUCCUGUCGUUCGGCGGUUGGUCGUUUUCCACAAAUGUGGACUCGUAUCCCAUCUUCCGGGAGGGCGUGACCGAGGCAAAUCGGCUGAGAUUUGCGCAGAGCGUUGUCGACACGGUCAAACGGUACAACCUGGACGGGGUCGACUUUGACUGGGAGUACCCGGGUGCAGACAUCCCGGGAGUCCCAAUCGGCAGUCCCAACGACGGCCCGAACUACCUCGCCUUCCUCAAGACGGUCCGGGCCCUCUUGCCGACGGGCGUCUCCCUGUCCAUUGCAGCGCCCGCCUCGUACUGGUACCUCAAGGGCUUCCCCAUCGCGGAAAUGGCCGAGGUCCUCGACUACAUUGUCUACAUGACGUACGAUCUCCACGGCCAGUGGGACUACAACAACACUUGGGCCAACCCGGGCUGUCCCCUGGGCAACUGCCUCCGCUCGCACAUCAACCUGACCGAGACCGAGUAUGCGCUCGCCAUGAUCACCAAGGCCGACGUCCCCGCGAGCAAGAUCGCUGUGGGCAUCGCCGGCUACGGACGGAGCUUUGGCCUGGCAGACCCGGGUUGCACCGGGCCCCACUGUCUCUUCACGGGGCCGGAAUCGACGGCCGAGCAAGGGCCCUGCACGGGCACCGCCGGCUACAUCGCGCAGGCCGAGCUCGACUCCCUGGUGUCGGGGGGCGCCGCCACCAGCGGGCUGGCGCGCCGCGGCGCCGUCAGGACGUGGUACGACAGCAGCAGCGACUCGGACAUCAUGACCUACGGCGGCGGCACGUGGGUGUCGUACAUGAGCCACGCCACCAAGGCGUCGCGCAUCAGCCGGUACGCCAGUUACGGCUCCGCCGGCUCGGUCGAGUGGGCCGUGGACCUGGCGCAGUUUGUCCUCGGCCAGGACGAGCACAGCCCCGGCUUGUCGGUCGCCCAGAAGGAGAGCGAGUUCAAUGACGCGCUAGCGCUCAGCAACUAUGACACGUCGCUGUUCGCCGACUACAACUUCACCGACCUGGCGACGAGGCUGGAGAGCUUCAGGGGCUGCAAUGGCGCACAGCGGCGGGCCAUCUACUCGGGCUGGCAGCAGUCGUGGAAGAUCAUGAACCUGAUACUCUCCGAGACGAAGAAUGGCCUCGACCUCAACUCGGCGGCUGCGCUGGAGUACCUGGGUCCGCCGGCUGACAGCGGGUCCAAGAAAUCCGCCUUUGAGACGAUCUUCAGGACUCAUGCCACGAUCCAGCCGGGCUACAUCACCACCCCGUUCGACUGGCGGCUGCCGGUCCGGUGUGACGAUCCAAGCAACCUAUGUCCAUGCGGUAAGCCCAGCAACACGGCCGCCUACACGAUGCUCCCCGGGGAAGACCCGACUUUCAACGGGCGGCAGAGCAUCAACUUCUGCCCGCUGUAUUUCGCUUCACCGACGCUCGACAGCGCGAUGCAGUACGCCAACAAAGACGAGUGGCCGGCUGAUAUAUACGCUGAUGUGACCAAGUACUACCCCAAUCAGGGCAGGACCUGGUACCACGAGCUGAUGCAUGUUGACUGGGCCACAGGUGCGUCGCCGCAAGGGGUGCCAACCGGCGUAGUCCACAUCACGGACCUGAUGAUGGGCUACAAGUUCCGCGACGACGACGAGGGGAUUGGUUGGACCUGGGUUCACGCGUACGGUGUCACAAACGUGAAGGCGCUGGCACGCGUCUACCUCAGCAGUUUCCACGUUGUCCGAAACGCAGACAGUCUAACCCUGUAUGCCCUAGCCAGGUACAUCCAAAAGGCACUCAACAACGUUUACCCGCAUCUGCCCUUGGCUGGAAACCCGCCGAACAGGGUCAAAGGCAAGUUCGAGGUCAUCGGCUACUUCACCGUCGACUCCGACGGCACGGCGGUGCUGGCGCCCGGCCGAGAGUGGGAGAGCCCGGAGCCCAAUUGGGCGGCCAAUGGUACGGAUGACACAUGCAGCGGUUUGAGCGACGUCGGCGGCGACAGGGGUCCUGACAACGCUGCUGUCACGCUCACGGCCGGCUGGGCCACGCAGUCGGAUUACCCCGCCGACUACCUCUCGAGUUACUCGUCGUGGGCCAACCUCAAACCCACCAGCACUGCUCCCGCAGACCCGUCGCCCACCCCCAACCUGACGCCGCUGACGCGAGGUCGUAUCGACUGCUUCAACGAGGCCGACUUUCCGGGCCACGCCGACAUCCAGUCGGAUUACCAGGACACGUUCUCGGUCGAGUUUAGCAGCCUCGACAUCACCAUCGGGCCGGGCGACGCGCCGAUCCCGCUCCGCCGCACGGACCGCUACGGCGUCAAUUACGACUACCGCGUCGAGUGGGUUGCCGGGUGUGUCACCACGGUCGAGAGGCAGAGCUUCCGUUUCCCGCUGGGCAUGUCGCAGAGCCUGAUCACGGCUUACUUGCUUGUGAGGGAGGAUUAUACCAAGUGCAAUAACGGCGGUGUCGGUGGCUCGUGUCAGGUUGGCUGUUUGUUGUACACCUUUGAGGGUGGGCGAGGUGAUCAAGGCCGCUUCCGGAUGCCAGUUGCGCCGUCACAGUAUCCCCCCAGUAAUCAUAGUCACUACGUGCCGGGGGAGAAUGGCGGGAUUGUUAUCGAUGAUCUGAAGUAG